GUUUCUAAUUUGGUCUCGCCUGGUCGUGUUUACUGCUUUUCAAAGGCAUGGCAUUUCACUUGUUGUAAUUCUUUGCUCUAAUGUUUUAUUCGUGGUCCAUGUUUGGCGUUGAUAGAAUCAACAUGUUCCGGUUUAUCUUGGCCUCUCUGACUGUGGCGGUAGCGUCUGCUAUCGUCUGCACUCCAGACUUCUGCCAGGGUGUCAAGCAACAGGUGCUUGACUGUAAGGGUGGCGUCAUCAAAAACGGUGGAUUUUGCGGAUGCACUGACAUCUGUGCUAAGGUGGAGAACGAGCCUUGCCAAGCUAACUUCUUACUCGGAGUCCCAAACACAGACCGCUGUGACGAUGGCCUAGUCUGCGCACCGGUCACUCUAGAAGGCUUCGUCCAGGGACACCAGUGCAUCACCCAGGAAAAAUUCCUGCAGCAGAAUCAGAACGGGAAUCCUGACGAUCUUGCAGUGUCGAAGAAAUCAGUGCCUCACUGUAACACAGCCUGCCGCAGAAAGUCGCUACAGUGUACAUUCUCUAUGGUCGUCUACGAGGGCCAGUGGUUUGCCAAGUGUGAUGUUCAAGGCAACUUUUUGGCUCAACAAUGCGACAACACUAAUCACUGUUUCUGCGUGGACCAACUGACUGGAGAGGUUCAAGAAGGAAGCAAAGUGCUUGGAGCUGCUCAGUGUUAACUCUCCAAGAACGAAGAGGAGACAUAAUAGGUCCGACAACAGACUAAAAGCCAUGUUGUGCCACAUGAGAAGGAUCAUGGAUCAUAAACAAAUCAAAAACACAAAAUUGUUUGGUUUUUUUAACAGCAUGCAAAGUGUCUAUUUUUAUAGGUUUCAGAUAAAGAAAACGGAGUUUAAAACUUUGAAAGAAAAAAAUGGAGCUAAAUUUCUUUUUAAAGUUAUCCACAACAAUGCGUUCUCAAGCGUUGUUGAAUGGCCAGAAUCUGCGUUCCCAAAGACUUAGAGACCAAAGUAAGCUAGAAAAUAUUUUUGUGUUUGCUCUUUAGCAUUUCACAUUUCAUCUACAUAGAUUUUAUAUUACUAUCCUUUGGUUUAGAUAACGCACACGUGACUUAAACGAUUUAGGCAUUUUUAAAAAGGCAAAUCAUCACAACUUUAUCCAUUGUGUGUUUAGUUCUGAAGUCUGAAUUAAAUCCUCCUUUUCAGAAAAUCUCCC